AUGAGCCGCCAGCCGAAGAGCCUGGGGGAGGAAGCCUCUCCCAGCCUCACCCAUGAGAUGGACGAAGGCAACUUGCUCCCAGGCAGGACCAUCGAAGGGACUGCCAAGGGCACAUGUGACAGGUCCGGGAGGAGACCCUCAAAGAAGCGGGCUCCCAGAGCCGAGGGUGCCGCGGGCAGGCGCGGAGCCCAGCCUGGCCAGAAGGAACGGGCCGGGGGCAGCCCAGGGCCGGGGUCCCCCCGGAGGAAGCAGGCAGAGCGCAGGAGACACCGAGAAGAGCUGGGGGAACGGGGGCGGAGCUCCACAGAGAGGACCUGCACAGAGAGGAGGAAGAAGGAUGGGAGGACUUCCCUCAAGGAGCAGAGAGCACCCUCAAAGAAGGAAAAGGAGGUGCCAAGGAAGGAGGAGACGUGGAAGCGGCUGAAGAAGCACAGAUCGCCCUCCUUGGCCUCCAGUGCCUCUGUCGGGGAGUCUCUGUCAGAGGAAGAACUGGCCCGAAUCCUGGAGCAGCUAGAAGACAAGAAGAAGCUCAUUGCCACCGUGCGGAGCAAGCCCUGGCCCAUGGCGAAGAAGCUGACUGAGCUCAGAGAGGCCCAAGAAUUUGUGGAGAAGUAUGAAGGAGCCUUAGGAAAGGGGAAAGGCAAGCGACUCUACGCCUACAGGAUGCUGAUGGCUAAGAAGUGGGUCAAGUUUAAGAGAGACUUUGAUAAUUUCAAGACUCAGUGUAUACCCUGGGAAAUGAAGAUCAAGGACAUUGAAAGUCACUUUGGUUCCUCAGUGGCAUCAUAUUUCAUCUUUCUCCGAUGGAUGUAUGGAGUUAACCUCGUCCUUUUUGGCUUAAUUUUUGGCUUAGUUAUAAUCCCAGAGGUACUAAUGGGCGUGCCCUAUGGAAGUAUUCCCAGAAAGACAGUGCCUCGGGCUGAGGAAGAAAAAGCCAUGGAUUUUUCGGUCCUUUGGGACUUUGAGGGCUACAUCAAGUAUUCUGCUCUCUUCUAUGGCUACUACAACAACCAGAGGACUAUCGGGUGGCUGAGGUACAGGUUGCCCAUGGCUUACUUUAUGGUGGGGGUCAGCGUGUUCGGCUAUAGCCUGAUGAUUGUCAUUAGAUCGAUGGCCAGCAAUACCCAGGGCAGCGCAAGCGAGGGGGAGAGCGCUAACUUCACCUUCAGCUUCAAGAUGUUCACCAGCUGGGAUUACCUGAUCGGGAAUUCAGAGACAGCCGACAACAAGUAUGCCUCCAUCACCACCAGCUUCAAGGAAUCGAUAGUGGAUGAACAAGAGAGUAACAAAGAAGAAAAUAUCCAUCUGACAAGAUUUCUCCGGGUCCUGGCCAACUUUCUCAUCAUCUGCUGUUUGUGUGGAAGUGGAUACCUCAUUUAUUUUGUGGUGAAGCGAUCGCAGGAAUUCUCCAAAAUGCAGAAUGUCAGCUGGUAUGAAAGAAAUGAGGUAGAAAUUGUGAUGUCCCUGCUUGGUAUGUUUUGUCCCCCUUUGUUUGAAACCAUCGCUGCCCUGGAGAAUUACCACCCACGCAUUGGACUGAAGUGGCAGCUCGGACGCAUCUUUGCACUCUUCCUGGGGAACCUCUACACAUUUCUCCUGGCCCUGAUGGAUGAUGUUCACCUCAAGCUUUCUAAUGAAGAGAAAAUAAAGAACCUCACUCACUGGACUCUGUUUAACUAUUACAACUCCUCGGGUUGGAAUGAGAGUGUCCCCCGGCCACCCCUGCACCCUGCAGAUGUGCCCCGGGGUUCUUGCUGGGAGACAGCUGUGGGCAUUGAAUUCAUGAGGCUGACGGUGUCUGACAUGCUGGUAACCUACAUCACCAUCCUGCUGGGGGACUUCGUGCGAGCUUGCUUCGUCCGGUUCAUGAACUACUGCUGGUGCUGGGACCUGGAGGCUGGGUUUCCCUCUUACGCUGAGUUCGAUAUCAGUGGAAAUGUACUCGGUUUGAUCUUCAAUCAAGGAAUGAUCUGGAUGGGCUCCUUCUAUGCCCCAGGACUGGUAGGCAUCAACGUGCUGCGUCUGCUGACCUCCAUGUACUUCCAGUGCUGGGCGGUGAUGAGCAGCAACGUCCCCCACGAGCGCGUGUUCAAAGCCUCCCGAUCCAACAACUUCUACAUGGGCCUCCUGCUGCUGGUGCUCUUCCUCAGCCUCCUGCCCGUGGCCUACGCCAUCAUGUCCCUCCCGCCCUCCUUUGAUUGCGGGCCGUUCAGUGGGAAAAACAGAAUGUAUGACGUCAUCCAAGAGACGAUUGAAAAUGAUUUUCCAACCUUCCUGGGCAAGAUCUUUGCUUUCCUCGCCAACCCUGGCCUGAUCAUCCCAGCCAUCCUGCUGAUGUUCCUGGCCAUCUACUACCUGAACUCGGUUUCCAAAAGCCUUUCCCGAGCGAAUGCCCAGCUGAGAAAGAAAAUCCAAGCGCUCCGUGAAGUUGAGAAGAGCCACAAAUCUGUCAAAGGCAGGACCACAGCCAGAGAUUCAGAGGACACAGCUAAAGGCAACUCCAAAAAUGCCACCCAGCUCCAGCUCACCAAAGAAGGGACCACGCCUCACUCUGCCGGCCAAAGCCAGACCGCAGGCAAGAAGGCCCAGGAUCCUGGGAUCUCCAGUUCUGCCAGCAGGAUCACGCUGCCUGUCUCCCAGCACCUCCCCGGAUCUCGGCCUCCUGGUGUCAGACCAGAUUCUGGCCAACCUCGGCCUCAGACCCAUCCUUGGAGGUCAGCCUCUGGAAAGAGCGCUCCCAGACCUCCCCACUGA